UCCAGGAAAAUCAAGAGACCAAGAGCAAGGAGAAACCCUAGCACGACAAGAAGAGGAGAUAACGAUAAUUCCUUUCCUCCUCUCCUCUCUUUUUCCCUUGUGGUCUUUCUCACUGUGUAUUUCUUCUUCUUCUUCUUGCUAUCGUCGCUGUUCUUGUUUAUAUUGUUAUCGUUGCUCCUCUCUCUCCCAUCUUCCUGCUUUCAUGGCGAGUUCUUGUCAUGAGGAGCCUUCAUCCUCGGAGCCGAGCCCGGAGACCACGAUCUCCGACAUAAAAAUUGAGCACGAACCGCCGGACUCGCGGUUGUCGGAACUUGGCAUCCGCUCAUGGCCAAAAUGGGGAUGUCCUCCUGGGAAAUUUCCGCUGAAAUUUGAUGCUGAGGAGACGUGCUACUUCCUCAAGGGCAAGGUCCGGGCGUACAUGAGCGGGUCUUCCGAGUAUGUAGAGUUCGGAGCAGGUGAUUUGGUGGUUAUUCCAAAGGGUCUCAGGUGCACUUGGGAGGUCUCCAUUGCAGUAGAUAAGCAUUACAAAUUUGACUGCUCUUGAGACACAGUCUCUCUCUCUCUCUCUCUCUCUCUCUGUUCUUUCUUGUUGGUAUUACCAGCACCGAUCGAGAAGGAGCCAAGGUUUCUUUUUGGUUUUAUUUGGGAUUUCCUUUGUUGGUCAAGAUGCUUCUUGACAGUCAAAGAAUCAUAUUUAUUCUUCGCCCAUAUGCUUUAAAUGCUGCUCUGACCAGUUUGGACUGUACGCGUUCGAGCGUGCGUGCCUGUAAGAGAUGAAACCGCCAUUAAUAAUGGCAGUCCUCGUGAGCGUCUGUCAGGCAUUUUGGGCCGUCGAUGGUAACGUUGGACGGUCUAGAUUGAUCUAAAGUGUGACUUACAGUUGGUGGGACUAUCUGUAAAGUAUGGAUGAGAAGAAAUUUAAUGGCCGCCCCUGUGUUUUUUAA